UGAAAGGGAACUUUUGCAGCGGGUUACAUUUGCAGUCACCUCGGUGUUUGCAAAUAUUGAGUAGGCUUCUCAGCAACUAUCUUCUGGAGCGCGAGCGAGCGAGCGAGCGAGCGAGCCCCAGGAGUGGGAAGGCAAUCUCAACAGCAAGCAUCGAGGAGACUGCAAAAAGCUACAGAAAUAGCGAAAACAACAAAAGCCAAACCAGCAAAAAGAAGAAGAAGGGGCCCCCCAAAAAACAAAAAAAACCUUUGAUCUAUUGCUGUGCAAUUAAACUUUGCAUGAAACUUUGCUUUUUUUUUAAUAUAUAUAUUAUUUAAAAUAUAUAUACGUUUAUAUAUAUAUAUGCACAUAUAUAUAAAUAUAUACAUAUAUUUAAAAAAAAACUUCGUCUGAAAUUCUGAACAGGAAUUUAAUAUAUAUAUAUAUAUACUUAGCCGUAAAUUGCUGAUUUUUUUCCCACCCCUUUAAGGUACUUUCUGCUGGGUGAUAUUUUCCCUCCCCCUUUUUUGUGAUAUUUUUUUUUGCUUUGAUUUCGGUGGUCUUUGGAGGAGGAGGAGAAGGAGGAGGAAGUGAGACUUUUUGUAAAUAGCUGGUCGUAUUUCUGUCACCAUCACCUGCUGUGGCGACUUCAGCUGAGAGCCGGAGCCCGAGAACCUCCUUCGCGCUGCUCCGCUCUUCCGACCUGCGGAGAAAAAGACCCCAGCGAUCGGACGCUAGUCUUUGCCGAGGGGCUCCUGGUUGCAACUUUUCUUCCCUACCCGUCCCCCCUUCCCCCCCACCAGAGGCAUGGAUGUACUUCCAAUGUGUAGCAUCUUUCAGGAACUCCAGAUUGUUCACGACACUGGUUACUUCUCCGCCUUGCCAUCUCUGGAGGAAUACUGGCAACAGACCUGCUUAGAGCUGGAGCGAUACCUUCAGAGUGAGCCCUGCUACGUGUCCGCCUCUGAGAUAAAAUUUGACAGUCAGGAAGAUUUGUGGACCAAAAUUAUUUUGGCACGGGAGAAAAAGGAGGAAUCUGAACUAAAGACAGCAAGUGCUCCAAAGGAGGACAACCUUAAUAAUCAGACUUUAGAGACUAACAGUUUGAAUUCUGAUAUCAGUAGUGAAUCUUCAGAUAGUUCCGAGGAACUUUCUCCUACAACAAAAUUUACCUCGGAUAUCAUAAAUGAUGUCUUAAACUUGGCCAGUGCUGGAAACUUGAAUUCAUCUGUCACUUCUACUCCUCCUUCUUCCCCUGAGCUGGGCAAGGAGCCAUCUUCCCAACCAUGGAAUUGUGCCCCCAGUGAAUUGCAUUCACCUGGCAAAAUCCGUACUGGUACUGGUGGAAAGACUGUGGAGAAAGGUACCCUGGUCAGUGGUGAUGCCUCUCCUGAUGGGAGGAGGCGGGUUCAUCGCUGUCACUUCAAUGGGUGCCGGAAGGUUUAUACCAAAAGUUCACAUCUGAAAGCACAUCAGCGUACCCAUACAGGAGAAAAGCCUUACAGAUGCUCAUGGGAAGGAUGUGAGUGGCGCUUUGCAAGGAGUGAUGAGCUAACCAGACAUUUCAGAAAGCACACGGGUGCAAAACCUUUUAAGUGUAAUCACUGUGACAGGUGCUUCUCCAGGUCUGACCAUCUGGCUCUUCACAUGAAGAGGCAUCUCUGAAUGAUUGGAAGCUUGAAUCCUGUGGGCUAAGAGGCAUCGAGGUCAAGAUGGCCUUGGAUGAAAGGAUGCAUAUUCCAGCCAAAGCAUGCCAUUUUGCACCCUAACUCAGUGGCCUCCAGGUCCUCUCUUCCAUGGAAGGUUUUUAGAGGGCUAGAUAAGUCAUGUAAGAAAUGGCUGCAGUGACCAUAUAUGGUGCAGGUCUCCAGCCCAGGGGACCAAACCUUUCCGAAUGGCUUCCGACGCCUUCUGCCGUGAGCGAACUGGGAGUGUUAAUGAAUGGACAACUUGUGUGUUAUGGAGGAUCUACUGGAUGACUGGAUGCUGAGGCACAUUUUUUUAAAGAAAAAAAAAACAUUUGUUCCUUGUUGUUUUCUAACCGUAAGAGAGAAAAAGCUGUCUGAACGUGGGAUUAUUUUUUUUUUUAAUUUUAUUUUUAAUUUGGGGUGGGUGGGUGGCGCAUGUGAAGAGUGUUAUGUAAGAUGGAAGGAUGCACAUCCUUUUGAUGGGGGGAGGGGGAAAUGGUGUCUGCACCUUUUUUUCCCUUUUUUUUUUGUUUUCUGAAGGGGGAGAUGGAAGGGAGGGAAGGAAGGAAGGAAGAAAAAUCAGAAUAGAGAAUAUCGGCAUGGGUCCCUAUCCUGUGUGAAAGGAGAUUUUGGUGUCUGGUGCAGCUAUUAAAUGUGCAAUGUCUCCCGUAGCUUGUCUGACUUGCUACAGAGCUCAUUUGUAAUCCAUUGUAUAAGCUGUGUAUUUACAAUAUAACACAACCUAUAACUUUUUUCAUUAUAAUACAAAGGUUAUUGCAUGGUUCUGGAGAACUAGAUGCUUUCCCAUUCUGUAAUCAGGACUGCCAUUUCUCUUUCUCCCUCUCCCUCUCUCUCUCUCUCUCUCUCUCUUUCUCUCUCUCUCUCUCUUUCUCAACUCCGGUUCAAAGCUGCUACACUGCAAUUGGUUUAAUGUUACAUAACAUACCAAACCCAAAUAGUGUUCCCCCCCUUCCUUGAAUUACUUUUUGCUUUGUCCUAUUGGGUGGAUAAAACCACUGUAGGUUAGAGAUGGAUAUUAAAAAAACAAAAAAGGAACUCGUGCAGCUGUUUUCCCCAUUGCCUCAACACCUACCUUCUUAUCUUUUAUUUAUGCCUUGAGGUCUAAUUUCUGGUUUUCUACCUGUUAAUGCACUGUUGACCUUAAUAAUGGUGCCUUAUGCAAAUUGAACUUCUCUUUUGGGAGGUCUUAUACAGGGGUAUGAAUGAUAUAUGCUUUAUUAAGGCUCUCUUUUCACCUGACACUUGUACUGUAUCAAAUGUACAUUAUGAAGAGGUGGGAAGACCAAUAGCUGGUAUUCUGGGUGAUCCCCCAUAUAAACAUCUGUACUGAAAAAAAUUCAUGGCAUAAUCCAACAAAGAAUGCAUCCCUGAGUCCAUCUUUUCACAAGGUUGGUCUUGCACAACCUGCCCCUGUCCCACAACCUUCCCUCUUCCUAGUCAAGAAAUUAAUGAAAAGAAAUCCAUCCAUUCCUCCCUCCACCAAAAAAGAUCCUGUAUUCAGGAUGCUGUAUUUUGCUCAUGCAUUUUUAAAACCGCAGGAGUAACAACAACAACAACAACAAAGAUUUCUUAAAAGGCACAAUGUCCACACUUGUAUAUGUAGCUUCCCCUUAAUUAAAAUGGAAAGUAAACAAAAAAAAAUAAAAAAGCAAAAAAAAAAUAAUUAUUAUCAAGUGGGCAGGAUAUCUAUAACGUAUGUAUAUAUAUAUUUGUGUCUAUAGUAUCUGUAGCUGUGAGUGUGCGUGCAUGUAUAUUUGUGUGUGCGUGUGCGUGUGUGGGUGUGUGGGUGUCUACAUCUAUAAAGUAUAUAGAUAAUAUAUUAUUUUUAAGGAUUGUAUUGAGUUCUUUGCUGUAAAGUGUCAUAGCCUAUGAGGAGUCUUCCUCUUCCUGCAUUUCGUGGAGAAGAAGCAAACAAAAGUUAGCUUAUUAUUAUUAAUAUUACUAUUAUUAUUAUUACUGUUUGUAAACUUCUUUUAGCAGAGACCUGAAAAGGAGGAGGAGCUUCGAUCGGUGUGCACAGUUUUUAACAAGAGAAGGCAGUUAACUUCCCUAUCGAUAGGCACUUUUGCACACUCAAAAAUUUCUUGGUGUUCAAACAAAGUGCACUGGAGUCCCUUUGCAGAAACGGGACUUAAAUGGUUUCUGUUGGUUUUCUUCCACUUAUUAUUUCUUAAAUGCAGGACACUUGGCUGCUUUCAAGAAGAAGAAAAGGUCCUUUUAAAAGCUCUAAGAAGGUUAGCUCCUUUCUCCUAUGUUCAUCCAAUAAUCCUUCUUUGGCCCUUCGUCUGUAGGCUUUGGUUUUUGCUGCCCUCUGCUUCUUCUCUUGCUAGUUCAUGCUAGUUGAUGGUGGUCAGUGGUUCUUCAUCUCCCCCUCCCAAAAGGGCAUUUAAUUGGAACACCAAGGGCUAAGGAUGCCUGCUUAGCCAUUUCUGCAUCGAUAACGGGAGCAAUCCAUUGAGGGCUACUUAAAAAUGGACACUUUCCACUAAGACAACGACUCUCAAACUCUCCGUUUCUGUCCUCUAAGCUUAUUGAGAAGAUGUAGAAAUGUGCUCCUUGAUGGUGAAAUUAUUCCUACGGGUAUUCUACCUUUUAGCUGAAUUCGCAAGGCAGUUUUAUGAGAUGUUAGAAAUAGUUGUUCUCCAAACAUUAAGCCCAGUGUGUUUUUCAAGCUGCUUUCCACAAGUACUAGCUUGUUUCUUGCUAUUCGGGGAAGCUUCCCCCCCCCCUCCUGAAGAUGAUGGUGAAUAUUAAUAGUCCCCUAACCAUGUCCAAAUCCAUUUUAUCCGAGGCUGAGAUAUAUAUAUAUAUAGGCCUACAUUUAUCUGCAUUGUGUUUUGAAUUUUUAUAUGCUCAAAAAUGCACUUUUUAAGUUCUUUUUUAAAUUACCCCAAGAAAACAUUUUAUUAUCUACGGAUUACGGAAGUCUAAGAGAAGUGUGGCGCUUCAUACAUGCAGGGCACUUUUUACCGCAUUCUUGAGAGAUGCCAUUUCAUAGACAAAACAAUACCGUAGAUCGGAAAAUUCCUAUCUGCAUG